CACGGUAAACCUCAUUCUAGGGUUCUUCCGAUGCUGACCUUACAUUCUUUUAAUCGUCUGUCGGCCAUCUGUUCUAUGUACAUAUUCUGUUCUACAUCAUAUUCUGUUCUUCACGCAAACUGCAAUCUUUCUGUCACAGUAUCAGAAAAUACAGUGCUUCUAAUCAGGCAUUGGUCACGACAAAUGAUACGAGGUGAUACGACGGCGGAUGAAUAGUUUCAAAACAUGGGGCCGACCUUCCUUUCUCACCACCAAUUUUUGCGGACGACAACAGCGUCCUUCUCUUCUUUGUCGACAGACCGACAACCCGAAAUCGCUCAGUCAUCAAGAUGUUCGUGAACAAUGUGGUUUAUAUCUUUUUCGUCGUUGGCCUUGAUCUGGGAAUAAAUCUUGUGACUUUUGUCGAUGCAGCCGCAGUAUUAUCCACAACGAACUCUAUUUUGGACAAAUUCAACAAUCUAGCAACUCUUGCUACGAUUCCAUCGAGUUGCAACGACACAUGCAAUGCUAUAGAGGCUACUAUCAGCGAUUGCAUGACAGUGCAAUGCGUUUGUACCUCCUCAAAUGAAGCUGCAUUGAAUACUUGCGUUGAUUGUUUGGAAGCCGUGAAGCCAAACCAGACUGUCAUCUCACAGGCGCAGGAUAUUCUGAAUCAAUAUGCUGCUCUAUGUGAUGCUGGAGGUAUCUCAGUGCCCGUUCAGACUGCCUCAGGGUUUUCUGGAUCUGUGGGCCUGCCUCUUUCCACGACAUCGGUCGGGAGUGUAACUCAAAGUACGCCUGCGGGUACUGAAACGGCAACGAGUCCCGGUCUCUCACAAACAGGCUUACAAUCGACCGUUUUUGCUUCGAGUGUAUCUGCUUCUUCUUUGUCGUCUUUAACAAGUCUCGCAUCGUCGGUGUCGGCCUCUGGGACAUCCAGCACAACAGCUUCUGCGAGCAGCGCUAGUAAGGCAGCUCUCAAUCAAUGGUCCUUUGCCAUGGUAGGAGCGAGUUUAGUACUUGGAGUACUAAUCUCCCGUCUCGUAAUGUUCUGAGCUUUUUACCGGACUUGGAUUGUGUAUGUAUGUGA